GGCGAGCAGUCGUCAGUCGGUCACGGCGUCCCGGUGAGCGACGUUUGUUUGUCAGUGUAUGUGUGUGUGUGUCACAGUCCGUGUGCGCGCGUGUCUGUGUGUGAGCGUUUAGUGGUGUGUGCGUGCGAGCGAUCGUUUCACCCGGCGGGGCACAGUGUGUGCCGAGUCUUAGCGUCGAACGGAAACUCGCCGCGCGACCGAAACGGGAAUAAGAGAGAUAAGAAUAAGGAAACCCGUCGUCGGCACCGCACUGCUACAACCGUCAUCUUCAACAUCGAGAUUUUUUUCACUAUUUCUACUCUUUAUUUCUUCUUUUUCUUCGACCACCUCACGUUUCGACGAUCGCGCGGAUCUCGUACACGCGCCCCGACGACCCUCAUCCUGCGAGGGUCGUUUUAUUAAAUUCCGAAUCGUAUAAUAUAUGUUGAAGCGAUUCCAUUAUAUCGUACACGACGACCCUUAAAUACGUACUUAAAAAAAUCCCCCUUUUUGAAUCUCCGUCGUCUGCUAUAAUACAUCGUUACAGUCGCAAAUUGUUAUAGAUUUCGCUGUACGAUUGGUGCAGUGCUGCAGGCGGCAGGCAAGACUAUAAAUAUCGCAAAAAGGCAGACGGAAAUAAACACUAAGAAAAAAAAAAAAAUAAAAUGAUCGUAAACUUUUUGGCGCUUGUUGAACGGCGAAGAAGUUACUUCUUUGAAGGGCUCGGAAGUCUUAGAAAAGUCGCAGUGGCUAAACCACCGCCGACUUUGGCGUUGUCUUGCGUUUGGCAAUGCGUUUAAUCCGUUUCAAGAACAUUAGUCGUUAGUCAGCAUGACUUGGUCAAUGAAGUCUUCGGACAGCGGUGGAGAAGGUGGCGAGGAAGAUACUGGUGGCGGGGGUGGAAGCACCAAGUCAGUCAAGUGGCGACGGCAUGGUGGUCGAGUUUCAACUACUUCAGCGUCAACAACUUUGGGCUGUGGAUGGAUGACCACAACAAUGUUCCUCUUCUUCUUGAUCACCAGCACGGCAGCCGUGCUAUCAAACUCUACAUUCAAAGGCGAACAGCAAAGCGAUAUAAACGCACGCAUAGGGCAGUCGGCGUUUUUACCAUGUGAACUGGAACCCAAUAACGUGACCACGGGAUUCGAGAUGACCACCCAGUGUGGGACAGUUCACUCUGUGAAAUGGUACCGAGGAGCAAGCAGAAUAUUCCUGUAUUCCGGUGGGCCUCGAACGACACAACCGCACCGAGAAGGGUAUACCGACAGAUAUGAUAGAUCGUAUUGGAGUACGGAACCAAAUUCAACUUUGGGAUUCUUGGUAAUGGACAAUAUAACAGCACUUGACGAGGGUGUAUAUAAAUGUGAGAUCACGUAUACUAAAGUACACGAAGGUUGCAACAUCGUUCAGUUUAUAAACCUAACAACAUACACUGACCCUGAAUCAAUCAGUGUUGGUACAUUUGCUGAACUCGGUGAUCUUUCAGCUCAUAAUUACAUAGAUCCUACAUCAGAUUUUUACGAUGACAAAAAUAGCGAUCCAAAAUUUGGUAUUAUGAAAAAGUUAACAUCUGGAGCAAUCGUGGGUCCAGUGGAUGAAGGAAAUAAAAUACGUCUGGUAUGUCGUGCAGGCCGCGCCAGGCCUAUACCCCAAGUCACGUGGUGGCAACAUAGUCGUGGUCCAAUUUAUGAUACUGAUUUAGUUGAUUAUCAAUACCGCAAAGUGGAUUCCGAUAUGUCCGAUGACGUUUUCUCGUACUCAGGAUUAUGGGUUGCACAAAGCAUUCUUACCGUUAUUGGGAAAAGAGGUGCAAACGGCAGAUAUGAAUGUAGAGUAAAAACUGCGACUGAUUCAUCACCAAUUCUAACAUCCAAUGUCGAAGUCACUGUAAACGUAAGUCCUUACUCUGUUGAAAUGUCCACGUCAUCAUCAGGCACCGCUGUAACUAAGGUUUCUAAAGUCGACGAUCGUUAUAAGCCUCAAAAUAGCGAGCAUGAUAGAAAUUCCGGAGCAGUGGUUUAUGCUGAAACUACAGAAGGCCAACCGUUAGUAAUUCGGUGCGCGGCCCGUGGAGCCCGUCCUCAAGCGAACGUGACAUGGUAUUAUUAUUAUAAGGAUCAAGAAAAUGAUGACGACAAUGAUUACGGAAGUGGAAUAAAAAAUGAACAAAAUGUUCAUGCACCCCCCGUUCAAUCGUCGAAGCACGGCGCACCCGUUAUGUUAGGAAACAGUCAGCAAAACGGGGGUUCUACAGCUAGGUCUCCCAGCGAUUACUUGAUUUCGGAACAGCGACGUAUGGAAGGUGGAGCAGAAAUCAUAGGCCCCGUAGAAAUAGCACAGCAUACCGAAUAUCAGGCUGAUGGCACCCGAGACACGCACAGCCAAUUAUCAAUGUCUCAACUUCAUCGCCAACAAGACGGUUCCAUACUGCGGUGUGACGCAUUCAAUAAUGUCGGUUCAUCGCCGAAUCAACCUCUUACUGUAAACAUGACAAUUCGAGUAAAAUAUGUACCAACUGCCUGGGUAGUGCCCAUUACUGACGGUGAAAAUUCUGGUGCGAUUGUAGAGGACGAAAUAAAAAAUGAAAUAGGUCAACAGCGUAAAGGAGGAGUUGAUAGUAGCAAUAUUGUCAACCCGAUUGUAACCGACGCUUCUAAAGAUACAUACGAUGGAUUGCACUAUCAAUCAAUUUUAUAUACUGUGGUGGUAAACGAAACUAAGGAAUUGAGGCUCCAUUGUGCAUACCAUGCCAAUCCAGAUAAGCUCCGAACACCUGUUAAAUGGUAUCGGGAUGGCAUUGAGUUACAACUAAUUGACGAGGAAGAACCUUCUUCACCAAAUCAUGGAUCAUCAGCAUCGUCUUAUGCAGCAGUAACACCAGCUACUGGUACUGGUACGCUAUCAGGAUCGUCGAACGGGGCCAAUAAUAGAUUUCACAUGAAUCCUAUGGGAAAUCCGGCAAAAUAUGCUCGAGUUAAAGGAUUGGUCAAUGGAAAUGGAGGCAUUCAUGGAGAUGGAAAUGGUGAAGACGCAACGGUGUUAGUGGUUAGGAGGUUAACACGUUACGACUCGGGUCGUUAUGAAUGUCGGGUCAGGAAUUCAGUCGGGGCAGCCAAUUCUACAAAUUUCGCAAACGUCCGUGUUCAGUAUACACCUAAGGUAAAAUUGCACGUUAUCCUAGACGAUUUACUCGAAGAAAAUCAAACUGCGUCAACAGCGAGUAGCAGUAUCAACAAUAAUAUGGUUGGAUCAAAUCCAGUUGUAUUAGAAUCGGAACAUCGCAACGUUACACUUCGAUGUGCCGUACAAUUAGAACAAGAUCAGCAAAACAUUGAAGACACCAACAACGACCCAUCUUUGAAUUUAACAUCUGUUCAUUGGUAUUGGAAUGGCGUACAAAUGCAGUUGCCCAACUGCACUAGAUCACCGGACAGUAGUGAUGUUUUUGUAGAGGAAGAAGACGAAGACAAUGAUUUCGAUACUGAAAAUAAUGAUAAUGAUAAUAAUGCCAUGACUUUGAACUAUGACACCAGUGAACCACACGGAGAAGGAGAAUAUGACUCAUAUGCUGUUGAUAAUGAUACAAGGAGACGUAAUAAAAAGCAAAGAAAAGUGGUGUGCACCGAUAGAGAACUUAUUUUGGUUAAUGUGACGAAAAAUAUACAUGGAAAUUAUUCAUGUCGAGCACGGAACGCUGCUGGUCUCCUUACUCCGAUGUCGGAUCAGACACCUCUUAUUGUAUAUUUUGCUCCGGGACCGGUGACAUUGGAGUUCACCCCGCGACGAGUCAUAAAAGGAAGGAAUGUUACUUUGCGAUGCAAUGCUCAAUUUCUUGGUCGGCCUCAACAUCCUACUCGUUACUCAUGGUUUCGCGAUGGACAUCCAUUUUAUCAUCAAAAUCAAGGACUAAUAAAUCCUAACAUAAAUUCUGGAACUGGAAUUAGUCCUGGCACCAACGGAAAUACUGGUGGAGGGAAUUUCAACCCCGAAUGGUUCGUCGAUCAUGUCUCAUUGGAAACUCGCGCUAAUUUCACCUGCUCUGCUUACAACGAAGGCGGGGUCACAUAUUCCGAGCCUGUAUACAUCGAGGUUUUUGCUCCUCCAAAUUACAUUACUGGACCUCCACAAUAUUUAGGGGUGGCUUAUAAUGCAACACAUGUAAAUGCAUCGUGCACAGUUGAAUGUUAUCCUCAUUGUUCUGUGAACUGGUUACGCCGAGGUGUCCUCAUCGAUCCAAUGAACAGUCCAAUGGACAAAGAAAGAUAUUCAAUACUGACGGAAUAUUUACCUGCGGAACGGUUGAAAAACGAUUUUGAAGCGGUGCGCAGCACGUUGAUAUGGCGCAUGGAUAACUGGCCAGGCGGUCGAGGUUUGGAUCCUAUAACAGACUCUACGGAAUACAGUUGCCGGAGCAGUGGUAAUGAAGUUGGACCGCCCGUGUCAGAAUCGAUAAUGAAUUUCUCUGUUGAAUAUCCUCCUGGUAACAUGACUGUUUCCAAAACGGUCGUGCACGUCAGUGAAGGUAAUAUACCGGAAAAAGUGUUUUGCCACGCCGAGGGCCGACCCCAGCCCAGUUUCGAGUGGCGUUACAUUGCCAGUACGAACAACUGGAAUGUGCCAGGAAACUCGUCUCAGUCGACUCAAUCGUCUUCCCAGCAAAGGCUCUCAUCGAUCGCCAGCGCUGGCAACAGUGGUGUCGGUGGAGGCUCUGGAAGUGGUGGUGGCCAAAUUAACAAUCAACAGUUGGUGUUAAACUCAGCUGUGGGUAGACAACAAGCUGGUUACUAUGCCUGCGUGGCUCGCAACACACACGGAAACGGAACUGCAUACACUUAUUUGGACGUCAUGUAUAAGCCUAGCUGUCAACUUAGGAUGCUAACCGUGGACCAAUUUAAACAAGAGUCCUCUGCUAGUUCCACUGAUCAAUCUUCCGAAUUAGAGGAAUUUUUGUCUUCAUCUUCUGGUGAAAAGAGAAUACUGGUGUGUACAGCUACUGCAAAUCCAGGUCAAGUACAAUACACGUGGACCAUAAGAAACUCGGGUCGCCAGAACGAUUCAUCGACAUCUUUGACAUCUGACUCUCCUGCUACUGAGAGGAUCAUCACCGUAUCGAUUGGAUCAUCGGGCAACAGUGGAUCGAAUGAAGUGGAUAAUAUCGGAAGUUAUAACAGGAGCAUACUAAUAUUACAAGAUAGACUGGAAGUGAGUAACAACGAAGAUGAUGAAGGAAGAGGUAGCGACAAUAUACCUAACAACGGAGCAUCAGAAGGAGUCAGGACAUAUGUGUGUACUGUAAACAACACUGUUGGAUGGGACCAGUGUAGCAUUCAAGUUCAAGCUGUCAGGGAAAGUGACGCUCCGUGGUGGAAACAGUUGUUGGCGACCAUAGGUUUGGGUGGGUUGCCAGUGAUGGUAGUCUUAGUGGCUUUGGUUGUGAUUUUGCUACUUAUUGUCAUCAUCGUCAUUGUUAUCCUGUUGCUGUUUGUUUGUAAGAAUCGUUACAUUAAACCAGGCAACGGAGUGUCGGGAGGACGUCAGAAAUAUGUUAAACAAAAAUACCCUUCAUUGACGGCGUAUAGGGUACCAGUCGUUUGGCGCCGGCACCGAGGCCGUGGCUUGCUAUUAAACAUAUCGAAAGUGCGACAAAAUCCCGAAGGCAGUGCCACGUCGUCGAUUUCUGGUGCCAACCCCGCGAAUGCUCAGCAGUGUACAGAUCAGUCGGCUGCGAAUGUCCCGGGCAACCCUAAGCCCCCACCCGGAUACGGCGACGAUCACUCAGAAUCGUUUUCCAGCCAGCGGACCUCAUCCGCCGCGAGCGUCGUCGGCAAGUGGCCUCUCAAGCCGGGCGUGUUGGUGCAUUCGAAACAGCAGUUGCACAAGUCGUUGUCGACUAUUCACUCCCAAUCGGCGAUGACCGACACGGCGGACAGCGGAAGCGGGCCCGCUGACAGAAUCGUUUCCGACGAGGGCGAUAAACACAAGUCGAAAAAAAACCACUCGGGUAAAGGAAAACCGGCGGCCGAGUGCAUUAUAUUGGCCAACGAGACGCAGUCUGCGCGCGCGGCUCGUAUACGUCGCAUGAUGAUUGGAUCCAAUAAUAAUUUGGUGCCAAAAAAACCAUCACCCACGUCACCUCCUCCCGCACCUCCUGUCCGCCAGAGUUCGGACAACGGCGCGUCCGGCGCGGACAGAUAUCAUUCCGUAACAGAUUCGCGAGGCGGAGCCGGUCAGCAGCAGGACAACGAAUCUAAUUUGGGGGCUACGGGUGACUCGAAAGCCGCGUUCUACGAGAACUUACCGUUCCACGGAAUGCGACCACCUCCGAAUCAGUCACCCGCGCGUCAACCACGUCUAAGCAAUGGUAACGGUAACACGGUCGGCCGCACUAACUGCAAGCCGCCGCUCCCACUGCCGCCUGCAGACCCAUCGCCGCCACCGCCGCCGUCGUCGUCGUUGAUCCACCGGUCGCCAAACGGCGGAUACGUGUCGCUGUUGCGCCAGGCCACCGCCCCGAAAUCGGGCGACGUCGCAGGUCGUCCGGCGGCCGCCGUUCGGUUCAACUCGUUGCAGAGACCGAACCGCGGCGCGGCGACCGCGUGGCAGCGACGCGAUCGACAGUUCCGGUCGAUGAGAACCGUCGGCACCGGCAGCACCGACAAACAGGUCGCCGAGUUGCCGACCGGACGUCCGACCGUCGGCGGUGACCGUCCAGACGACAACGGCAACGGCGGUGUGGGCGCCGACCAGACGAAAACGUCGCCGGCGGCCGGGGACCGCAAGGAUGGACGGAAAGACGCGUUCUCCGCGGCGACGUUCCCCAAACCGGCGCCCAGGACGCGCGUGCCGUCUGCAUCGGUGGCGCCGCCGUCGUUGGCCCGCCGUGACACCUACGAGAACCUGCAGCAGUUGUUGAACGGUGACGGUAACGUGGUCGGCAACAAUAAGCCCUACAAACCGCCGGCGGCCAGCGCUUACGCGGAAGGCGGCGACAUGGAGUACGCCGACGUGGACUACCGUAACAUGUAUUACGGGCCGAUCAAUUACAAACAAUCGUCUUGAGACUCUCACCCCAUCUCGUCGCCGUCCCAGUCCUCGUCCUCUAAGUCCUCGAGCGCGCCUCCUCGUCGAUACGGUUCAUAAUAAUAUGAUACAAUGUUAUGACGUUUGGGUGAUAAGACGCAUCGCCUCCGUUUUCUAUCGCAGGAUACCGCGGUGUGCAGCUGACAUUGUUAUAAUAUUAUAAUGACACAUAUACCUUUAUUCGCCUACGAUUUUAUUGAUUAAAGACAAUUCUUCUUCUGUAUAAAACCUUAUAAUUCGGUACUUACCGUUAACGCUCGUCUUGUUUGUAAAGUACUUAAAUAUCAUUGUUCUCGCGCAAAAUAUCGAUUCAAGUUCACAGCUCUCCAAAAGUUCGAAAUUAAUUUUCACACUGUCACUCCCUCUCUCUCUCACACACACACACACACACACACACACACACACACACACACACACACACACACACACACACACACACACACAUACACACGCGUCACACACUUACACAGACACAACUGUUAACAAACAUAUUUCAACUGAUUAUUAAUACAUAUAAUAUUAUUUAAUAUACAAUACUCGGACACACGUCCUGUAAAAUACUUAUUAUGCGUGAUGACGAUCUUAAAUAUUAUAUAAACCAAUACAUUUAAUCUACACAACACGCGUAGAGAGAGUUCGACGAUGGCCCAGAAAAUAAUUUUUUUUUAAUGGUUAAUCUUCCGCUUACAAGUACUUUAAAAUUACUUGCAACGUCUGAAAAUGUGUUGUCUCGCGCACCCCGGCGGGAAACCCAACUGAAUUAUUAUAUAGUAGAACUAUUUUCCGUUUUCGUCUGUGACUUCUAUUUAAAAACCGUCAAAUUAUUACCAAACACACAUUGACAAUCUAUACACUAGCUAUUCUGUUACUGUAUAUAGGCGUACCUAUACCUGUAAACGACAUAUUAAUAUUGUUAUAUAUAUUUCGAAUUUCGAUCAUCGAUCAUCAUACUAUUACCUACUAAUUUAUGAUAUUGUCUAUUGUCGAUGUAUUUCAUAUCUUUUUGUAUAAAAUAUUUUAACGUUACCUAUAUAAUAUUAUGAUCUAUCGCUUUUAUUUACAGUUAUACGAUUAUAUUGUUCGUUUAUAAAUUAUUAACAGCGUAAAAAAAUGUUACGUACCUACGUGCCAUUUAUUAUUAUUAUUAUAUUAUUAUUAUUAUUAUUAUUAUCGUGUUGUUGUUAUAAUUUUUAGUCAAUGCCACCGUUAUAUGACUAAUGUCAUAAUAAGUAACGACGUGCAUGUUUCUUUUCUUUACAUCUGAAAAAAAUAUAUAAAUGUUGGUUUGACAUUCAUAAUCGUCGUCGUUUCUUGAAGUCUGCCGAGAAGCCAAAUGCCUCCCAACUAAGUGUUUAAAUGUUUAUGUAUCAUUAAAAAUUUAUUAUUAUGAAUUAUAAUAGUAUUUUAGUAACAAAUUAUCGUAGUGAUAGUCUUAGUAUAAUAAUAAUAAUAAUAAUAAUAUAUAUAAAUCGAUAUUGUAGAUGUCUAUGUUUUAACAGACGGUUUUCGAAUAGUUUGAUAAGUCGAAUACACGAAUAAUAAUAUUAUAUAAAGUAAUAAUAAUUAUAAUUAAAUUAUAUGAUCAUGUUUUAUACACAUCACACACGAAGACCGUCUGUCGUUAGUAGAAAUUAAAUUAAAUUAUACUAGAUUAUAUGGUAAAUUAUUAUGUAUCCAAACCUAUUAUAAUUGUCUUUGUGCACCCACUUGAGUGUGUGAAUAUAUAUGUAUGUGCAAAUUGUAAAAUGUAUUAUGUGUUAAAUAGUAGAGACUGCUGGUUACCACCACCGUGGCGACGGUAUAUUAUUAUUAAUUUUGUUGACAAUCAAUUAAAACGUAUGUUAACUUAUUUUUUAUCGAAGUUUAUG